AGAAAAUUUAGACUUCCAAUAUGGAGAUGAAGAAAAGUGAAUGUGAGAGAGAAACUAAAGAGUUCAAUGAAGAUAGUAUACAAAGUAUAAUGUUCACAUUAGGUACUUUUCUUCUAAUGGUUUGUCUAAAGAGUUUCUUAGUUGAAAAAUGGCGUUCUUAUGUGUUUCUCUUCCUCAAUGUUAUUCUAUUAGCCAUUCUUUACAUGUCAAUGAAUCCAAAUUAUUGUAGUACUAGAAAUUUGGAAAAUGAAAGCAAUGUUGAAGUUGUGAAAAAUGAUGACAAAGAGAAGAAAAGGGCAUGUGAAUUUUCUCAAAUUGAAGAAGAUAAGGAAUGUUACAAAAAACAAAGUUGGAAUAGUACUAGUUCCAGUACUAGUAGCAUUCAUCAUGUUGAUGUUGAGAAUGAGAUUGAUGAGAAUGAUGAUGAAGAAGAAGAUGAACAUGUGGAAGUGUUGUCUAAGGAAGAAUUGAAUGAAAGAGUUGAAGCAUUCAUAGCUAUGUUUAGGAGACAUUUGAUUUCAGAUGAUAAACAAGGUGAGAAUUUUAGGCACCAAAAAACAUCAAAUUUGACAACAAAGAUUCAAGUUUCUUGUUGUUGAGACUUAUUAGUAGGUUCUAAAGAGAGAGCUAGAUUUUGUUUUUUUGUUUUUUAUUUAGUAUUUUGAUCUAAAUGAUUAAGGAUGUUUUCUUGGUACGCACUACAUUGUUUGGAUUCAUGCAAU